GUUAGGCGCUACGAGCACAGAUGGCACGAAUUGCUCAGCGUAGACUUGAACUGUAGCACUGGGACCAGAUCACUGUCAUCUAUCAUUUAUACAAACAUUCGAGAACGCUACAGUGUCAGAUAGAAAACUAGUCAAUCGUUCUGGACUUCCACUGCACUGUCAGUCGCGUCGUGUGUUUCGUUAAUUGCCAUUGCGAACGCUUCGAUCCAGAUGGCAUCUUUCUUGUCUGUGGGUUUGGAGGAUCUUCCUGGAGGACCAGCCGGGGACUGGCGGGGGCAUUUAGCUCACACCAGCCCCGUCCUAGUCGCGAUUCUGCUGGCCAUGUUGGCAUUGCUCGGAGUGUUUUCCAGGCUGCUUUUUUCUCGUCCACUUCGUGGUUUUUCCGCGCUGUGGAGGAGACUGGCAACCUGGAGGAUCCAGCACGGCUUUGGCAGCAGAAUGCACCUCGCGGACAUCUACGCGGACUCAGAACCGGACCUGGAGGGGGGACUCGGUGUGGGCGACGUCGGUGUCUACGUAGCAGCAGACUGCUGUGUAGUCAUCCACUCACCGCCCGCUGGGGACAUCAAUGCAGCGACGGACCGUGUGGGUUCGCUCCUGUUCAAGGGCGAAGAACCGUCAACUCCCUCCGAGUCUUGGUCAACAACCGAGUCUGCUGGUGGCGCGAAUUCGUUGUCUAACGACGAAGACGACAACUUGUGUGAAUCUGGGGAUUUCAGCCCCAGAUUCGUAGAUCGUCUGUUCGUCAGACCCGCGUUCGUCCCGGAACUCGACCUCAGGUCGCUGAAACGCGUUCCGAUGCAAGACGCUGAAGACUUCACGUCUACCAUCGGAUCGCGUUUCUCCAGGUCUGGCGAGAUUCUGGGAAUCGCGACAUAUUGAAUGCCGUGUUGUGUCGAGACGUCUGUUCUGUGUCGACUGGUGUGUUUGCGUAUACGUUUGUUCGCUUUAGUGACCGCUUUUCAGAGGUUCGAUUUCACAUCUGUGUUUGCUGGUGGUCCUACCCAAGGCCACCUACUGAAAAUGACUUUCCCCAACCGAGGCCGUGGGCCUUUGAAAUCUCGUGCACCUUGCCACUCAAAAGC